UUCAGCUCACUACAACAGGAGGUUAUAAGAGAUUCGUUUCUGUUCACAGAGAAACGUCAGAGUCACGAAGGAUUUUACUCAGCGGUCCGGGCAGCCUGUAGAGUACUACAGAUUUCAAUCACUCUUCGGAUAUAAUUCAAUACUAAGGACCAUUACAGGUACCUCUCCAUCUGACGUUUAUUCCAGAUUAUAUGUGUGUAUAGCACCAUGGUCACACACAGCAAGUUUGACACAGCAAUGAGCAGCUGCGCCAUCACUCCUCACUGCUACAGGACAUUCAGCUCCAAGCUGCAGUACCAGCUGGUGCAGCAGGCAUGGUGUCGACUCCAGCAGAGUGGCUUCUACUGGGCCUCGAUUAGCGGAAAGGAGGCAGGUGCUAUGUUGGCACAAGAGCCGAGUGGCACUUUCCUGAUCCGUGACAGCGCAGACCGGCGGCACUUCUUCACGCUGAGCGUCAAGACAUCAUCGGGCACCAAGAAUGUCCGUGUGCAGUGUGACAACCGCUCUUUUUUCCUGCAGACAGAUCCAGAGGGUGAGAGGACAGCACCGCGGUUUGACUGUGUGCUCAAGCUUGUACACCACUAUAUGAACUCACCGAAACAGCCCAAGGACAACUCGCGAAGUGCAUGCUACAUCUUCACAGGAGGAGAGAAGGUUCCUCUGGAACUAUGCAGACCCUACUCCUGCAACAUGUCCUCAUUGCAGCACCUGUGCAGAAAGACAGUCAAUGGCCACAUGGAUAUUUUGGCCAAGAGGGAUGAGCUGCCUCAGCCUCUAAAGGACUUUCUGCAGGAGUAUGAUGCUCCAAUUUAAAUGACAAGUACAAGUGACGUGAUGUAGUCGCACUGAUUAUCAAGGAUUUGAGUAGAGCAGCUAAGAGAAUGGAAAUGAGGGAAUGGAAUGACCAGUGUGGUGUGGGCUCACUGCCAUCAAGCACAUGGGAGAAGGUCAAGAAGAUCGAGAAUGACUGAAGUGAUGAACGUAAACAAGCUAGGCGUAGAUAGACUAGGUCAACAGGAGACUGAACUCCGAAAGGUGAAACUCUGCAAACUCAUCUAACUUCUGGGAGCAGAGAUUUGGUGUGUAACUAGUUGGUUUGAGUUUUGGAUUAGUCAACACAAACCAAGAGUGCUGCUAUUUGUCAUGUUGGGAGAGACGGACCCCCUGAACUCUCUCGGACACUCUUAUUUGCACAAUAAAUUAACAUCAAGACAGUGGUCCACUGUUUAAUACUUUCAGCAACUGCAAGCCAGGAGAUAAGUUUGAGAAAUCACAAAAGAACCACAAAAAAGAAAUGUUUCUACUGGUUUAGAUCAAAACCUGUAUGGAGAAAUAGGCAAUUAAAUGAAAGAGGAAAAAAGCACUGUAAUGUUGAGGUUUUUAUUUAUUAAAUUUUUUUUUUACUUACUUCAUUGAGUAAUCUUUGUAGAGAGUGUAUUUUGUAGAACGUGAGAAGGCAGUAGUAGAAAGUGCUUGCUUAUGAAUGUAUUUAGAUGGAGAAACUUAACUGUUUUAAAUGGGCCAAUGUCCACACUCGUAUUAUUCUUGUACUUGUUUACAUUGUUUACGUGUGAAGAUUUAAAAAAAAAAAAUCUGCUGUUGUUUUAAUGCCAUGUUUGUUAAUGUGACUCCAUAUUAAUGCUUGAAAAAAAAAUACAUUGAAA